CAACUUACAAACACCAACAUGAGUGAAGCUACACCGCUAGAACAGAAUAAAUGCGGAUGUAUAAAACGAAGAAUUGAAAGUGGGAUCAGCGCUGUGGGAAUGAUCUCUGCUUCCGUAAAUGAUGAUCCAACAAGAGAGAGAAACUGCAGGGCGUCUCUGCUUCAGCUUGAGUGUGAUGCAUUGCUGCAGUUGGCCUCCAUUGUUGAUGUCAGCAGCCUUCAGACGACCAUCAAAGAUGUGCUCAGAGUCGUCCUGCCAAACGUGGAGUGUGUGUUCGUGUACCUGUUGGAGGAGGAGUCUCGGCUGCGCUGUGAAGAUCCGCCCCAUGAGGUGCCGAUGGAGGGGAAGCUCAGAGACGCGGUUAACCAGCAGAAAAGACUCGUGUGUGUCGGCCUCUCGCCAUCAGAACUACACGAGAAACACAGAAGCGCACUGACCACACCACUGCCUCCUGAUAAACGAGUUCUCAUCAUACCGUUAGUGGACCUUGAAGAAGCCAUGGUCAUAUCGCUGAUUUUGAUCUGCUGUAAAGCGCCGACAGAACAAGACGAACAAAACCUCAACGUCCUGGAAAAACACCUAACCGUGGCCUGUAAGCGAGUGAGAAACGUGCAGAGAUGCUUCAAACGGCCACACGGUCAUCAAUCCCACAAUGCACCAGUGGAGCCCAAACCACAGCCAGAGGACUACAGAGAACUCGACCGCAAGAUCUUACAGCUGUGUGGUGAGCUGUACGAUCUGGAUGCCGCUUCUCUUCAGCUUAAAGUCAUCAACUAUUUGCAGAAAGAGACUCAGUCGCAGUGCUGCUGUUUACUGCUCGUGUCUGAAGACAAUCAGCAGCUCUUCUGUCAGGUUGUUGGUGAUAAAGUUUUGGAAGAGGAAAUCAGUUUCCCCCUCAUGUUCGGCCGCUUCGGGCAGGUGGUGGAGACAAAGAAAUCCAUUACAUUACAGGACGUCAGCCAGGAGGAGCGUGGGUUAUUGAGCAGUCUGCUGGGGUUCGAGCCGAGCUCGAUGCUGUGUGUUCCCGUCGUCAGUCAGGCCAGAGGUCAGGUGGUGGCGCUAGCGUGCACUUUCAACAAGCUCGGCGGACUGAGGUACAUGGACGCGGACGAGCACGUGAUUCAACACUGCUUCUGUUACACGUCGACGGUCCUGACCAGCACACUGGCCUUCCAGAAGGAGCAGAAGCUCAAGUUCGAGUGUCAGGCUCUGCUUCAAGUGGCUAAGAAUCUCUUCACACACCUCGAUGACGUGUCUGUAUUACUGCAGGAGAUCAUCGUCGAGGCCAGAAACCUGAGCAAUGCUGAGAUUUGUUCAGUGUUCCUGCUGGAUCGAGUCAGUCAUGAACUGGUGGCCAAAGUGUUUGAUGGAGGAGUCGUGAGCGAUGACGAGAAGGAGUUUCGUAUCCCGGCGGAUCAGGGCAUCGCUGGUCAUGUGGCCACCACUGGGAAGAUCCUGAACAUCAAGGAUGCGUAUUCCCAUCCUCUGUUCUACCGCGGCGUGGACGACAGCACCGGCUUCAGGACCAGGAACAUCCUCUGCUUCCCCAUCAAGGACGAGAACGAAGAGGUGAUUGGAGUGGCUGAACUGGUGAAUAAAACUAACGGCCCGUGGUUCAAUCGUUUUGAUGAGGAUCUGGCGACGGCCUUCUCCAUUUACUGUGGCAUCAGUAUCGCUCAUUCUCUCCUGUAUAAGAAGGUCCACGAGGCUCAGUUCCGCAGUCAUCUGGCCAAUGAAAUGAUGAUGUACCAUAUGAAGGUGUCGGAGGAAGAGGUCACUAAACUUCUGUCCACGGGCAUUGAGCCGGUCCAAGUAAUCCACCCCAACUUUGCAGAGUUCGUUUAUACGCCGCGAUCUCUGUCGGACGACAGCACACCUAUGGGCGUUCUGAGCAUGUUUGAAGACAUGGGCUUCAUAAACACCUAUAAGAUCGACCUGCGCACGCUAGCCAGGUUUUGUCUGAUGGUGAAGAAGGGCUACAGGGACCCUCCGUAUCACAACUGGAUGCACGCCUUCUCCGUCUCACACUUCUGCUACUUGCUUUACAAGAACCUGGAACUAGCCAACUACCUCGAAGAUAUAGAGAUCCUGGCACUGUUUGUGUCCUGCAUGUGUCACGAUCUGGACCAUCGAGGAACCAACAACUCCUUCCAGGUGGACUCGCAAUCCGUCCUGGCGGCUCUGUACAGUUCAGAGGGAUCUGUCAUGGAGAGACAUCACUUCGCUCAGGCCAUCGCGAUCCUCAACACACACGGCUGCAACAUCUUUGAGAAGUUCUCUAGAAAGGAUUAUCAGCGGAUGCUGGAUCUGAUCCGAGAUAUAAUCCUGGCCACAGAUCUGGCUCAUCACCUGAGGAUCUUCAAGGACCUGCAGAAGAUGGCCGACGUUGGAUAUAACCAGAAGAAUCAAACACAUCGCAGUCUGUUGCUGUGUCUGCUGAUGACCUCCUGUGACCUCUCAGACCAGACCAAAGGCUGGAAGACCACCAGGAAGAUCGCGGAGUUAAUCUAUAAGGAGUUUUUCUCUCAGGGUGAUUUGGAGAAGGCGAUGGGGAACAGACCCAGUGAGAUGAUGGACCGAGAGAAGGCCUACAUCCCUGAACUCCAGAUCAGCUUCAUGGAGCACAUCGCCAUGCCCAUAUACAAGCUCCUGCAGGAACUGUUCCCGCGCUCAGCCGAGCUUUACGAGCGCGUGGCCGCCAACCGCGAGCAAUGGGCCAAAGUGUCCAACAAGUUCACCAUCCGCGGGCUCCCGAGCAACAACUCGCUGGACUUUCUGGACGAGGAGUUCGAGCUCCUGCAGUCGCAGGGCGCCUUCGGGGACGAGUCGCAUCGCAUGAACGGGUGCCUGGACGACGACUGCAACAAACACCACCAGUGACAUCACAGGUCAAAGGUCAGAGCUGACACGUCUUCGGCUGAACAUUUGGACAGAAAAAUAGUGUGAAUUUGCCUAAAAACUUCAGCGAACUUAUUUUGAAAAUACUUAGACGCUCAAAGCCGUAGUGAAACGUUGUGUCAGCUGAGAGUUCUAAAGAGAACCGUUACAGUGUUACAAUGUUACAUUUUUUAGAACUUAUUGUUUCAAAGCAGUUUCACAGUAACAAACAGGAUAGAACAGAAUCGCUAAUGCAAACUUAAUCAAAUUAGCUCUAAAAAGUCGUCCAGUUUUCCCGCUGUUUACACGCACCAGGAGAAGCUGAAGGAAAACUAAGCCACACGGAAAUUAAUGUUUUGCUUGAAACUGAUUCAGGCGUCAGAUUUCUCCAUUCCUGAGAUGCGACGGGACUGAGACACACGGAUCAGCUGAUCGGCCUUCUGAAACUCUCUGUACAUACACUCGUGUGUUUUAAAGGGCUACGCGGCCCUCACACUUUUCUUUCUCAGGAUGGCAGAAUGUGUGCGUCAAAUGGAUCUUGCCUUACUAAAGUUUGCGUUGCCUUCCUGAGGGACUGUAUAAAACAUUCAGCCUGUCUGUGCACAGUUCUGGAUAUAUGGGGAUAUCAGUGUGUACGUGUGUGUUUGCACAGUUUGCCAAAAUCUGCAGAGGAACAGGACAUGAAGAGGGUGAUGAUG